AUGACUUACCCUGAUAGAAAUAGAACAAAGAAAUUAGAUUUUGUAGACACUCAAAAGCUUUCUUCUACGUUUGUUCUUUUAUGGUACAAGGAUUGUGAAAAAGAUGAGUGGCAUACCUCUCCCAUAUCACUUUCAAAUACACUUUUUAAGCAUUAUUCAUCCGUUAAAUGCCUUGAAUUUCAAGUGAAAAAUGUAGUGCAUAUAUCUAUUGCAAAUAUACAACACGCAGCUGUCAUCAUCUAUAAGGGGUCUAUUACCCAAUGCUGUAAAUUUGAAACAUUGCUAGAUAACUUCAUGGACGAUUUUGGUGAUGAAAAUCCUAGCACUGAUGAAGUAAGCAAGUUUGCCCUCAAUUAUAUUGAAGGCAAUACUGACGGAAAAAGAAAACAUUCUGAUGGAGACCAAUCCUCAGAUUCAGAGAAUAUUGCACCGGUCUCAGAACAUACAGGCCUAAACGGACCUAAAUAUAAAUCGACUCCUAAAUCAAAGGUGCUGAAAAAAAAACAUGUAAAUGAAGUGUUGAAUGAAAAUUCAGAAUCAGAGUCCUUUGCAUCAUUUUAUAACAGUCAAAAAGGAUCUAAAAAAAGUGAAGCACAGAUUAUGGCUUUGGAAAAGCGGAAGCUUGACAUGCUACUUGACAAUGUUGAUGCUCCCAGAGCAUUGAUGCUUCCAAUAAUUAGUGAUGUUCCUAAAACAAAACACUGUGGUUCACCGAAGUUAAGCAAACUAUCUUGUUUAGAAGCAAUUUUGAUUGAACAAAAGAAACUUCUUUUUGAACAAAAGAAGACCAACAAACUGUUGUCUGAAAUUUUGCGCCCAAUAGAAAAAGAAUCUGUAAAUAAUGAUAAUGCCGUGUAUACUGGUUUUUUUUUUCAAUUCAUAUUUUCCAUUCUUGUUUAA